UCAAUGCAGUGAAGAAACAGCGUGUUGUAGUUCUAAUGAAAAAAUCUGCGUUGCAAAGAAAUAUGAAGAGUUAACAUUGUGGUUUAAUGUCAGAUAUGUCGGUUCAACUGGUUAUGAAUCAUUCAAAGUGCAGAACCAUACGGAAUGCGAGUGUGUUUAUAAAAAUCGACAAAGUACAAUGCAAAUGAGACAAGCAGAGACAGAGAAAAGGCUACGAACGUUGCCCUAUACAACAACAAGGAGACCUAAACCCUUAAAAUGUAAAUGUCCAACAUUUUUUGAUGUAGAAAUAACUGACGGAAUGUGUGGAUGUUUCUGUAAAGAUAAAAAAUUUGAAUGCCGCAAACGAUACGAAGGUCGGGAAGGUUUCACAUUAAGUGAUCAAAGAUGCAUCAUUCAUAAGAUUUGCGAGAAACCGCAUUGUUUGUAUCCACCUGGAUAUUCAACAGACAUUGGACGCUGCCCAGAUAGACAUGAGAAAAUUAGAAGAGGAUUUCUCAGAUCUAAAUGACUUAACAAAUAAUUUUAAAUAAAUGUUACUAUUAAGUACUUAGAUUUAAAGUUGCAAUGAUUUAAUUGGAAAGUUUUUCUUACCAUAAUUUGACUUAUCUUAGCUGUAAACAUCUUAGAGAUAUUUUCUGUGAUAUUAAUGUUCAUGUGAUAUUCGUUUAUGCCAAUAUUUUGAAGAAUAAAUUAUAAUUUUUCUUUCAAUGCGAGUACGAGGACUCAAGAAAAAAUCUCUGC